AUGGCUUUCUUAAUACUGGUCAUUGGCGACCUGCAUAUCCCAGACCGCGCUCUUGAUAUCCCCCAAAAGUUCAAGAAGCUUCUUGCUCCAGGCAAGAUCGGCCAAACUCUCUGCCUGGGCAACCUGACCGACAAGCACACGUACGAGUACCUCCGUACCAUCGCUCCGGACCUCAAGAUCGUCAAGGGCCGUUACGAUGUCGAGGCCACAAGCCUGCCCCUAACCCAGGUAGUCACUCACGGCUCUCUACGCAUUGGCUUCCUCGAGGGGUUCACUCUUGUCUCCAACGAACCCGAUCUGCUCCUCGCCGAGGCCAAUAAGCUCGAUGUCGACGUUCUCUGUUGGGGUGGCACCCACAAGUUCGAUGCCUUCGAGUACAUGGACAAGUUCUUCGUCAACCCCGGUAGUGCUACUGGCGCCUUUACCGCAGGCUGGGGCAAGGACGGCGAGGAGCCCGUCCCAAGUUUCUGCCUGAUGGAUGUUCAAGGCAUUUCGCUGACUCUAUAUGUUUACCAACUACGCAAGGACGACAAGGGAAAUGAGAAUGUUGCGGUGGAAAAGGUGACUUACACGAAGCCCGUGGAGCCGUCUGCAACAUCAUGA